GUGUUCAAGGUACUCAAAAUGAAAGUGUACGGAUUAGUCUUUCUGCUGGUAGUUGGAGUCGUGGCAGCCUUUCCGAUCGAAGAAUUCGGAGACGAGUUUAUUCCCGUUGACAAUGAUGGUGGUGCGGAACAUGUUCCCACCUGGACAUUGGUGCCGGACGGUGAUGGUCGGCUCCAUCUGGUGAACACAGAUCCUUACGACUUGGCCGGUAUGGACGAACCGGAACCACACUUCAAUUCCGACGCCGAUACUAUUUUCCGACUGUUCACACGAAACAAUCGAAACUCAGGACAUGUCAUUCAAUUGAAUAAUGCUGGCUCUUUGGGUGGCUUCUGGAACGGAGGUCGCCAGACUCGACUUAUCAUCCACGGUUGGAAUAACAACGGUGAUUCCGGUGUCAAUGUUAACAUUCGAAAUGCGUAUUUGGAUCGGGGUGAUUUCAAUGUAAUUACUGUUGACUGGGGGCGAGGUGCCCAGAAUCCGAACUACGUAACGGCUAGAAACCACAUCAAUGCAGUUGGAGCAACAGUUGGCCGAUUUGUGGAUUUCCUGAAUCAGAGCGGUGGCAUGUCGUUCAACAAUGUGUACAUUGUCGGGCACAGUUUAGGAGGUCAUACUGCUGGAAUCGCCGGAAAGAGAGUUAGCCGAGGACGACUGCAUACGGUAGUCGCAUUGGACCCAGCACUGCCACUGUUCUCGAUCAACUCCCCCGGGGAGCGCGUUGCGCCCUCGGACGCUAACUACGUGGAGGUUAUUCACACCAACGCUGGACUGCUUGGAUUCGACCUACCGAUUGGUGUGGCUGAUUUCUAUCCGAACGGAGGACGCACACAGCCUGGCUGUGGAGUUGAUGUUGGAGGCGGCUGCGCCCACAGUCGUGCAUGGGAAUUCUUUGCCGAAUCGGUUAGAUCCGGUCGAUUUAAUUCGGUGCGAUGUCAGAAUUUUGAGCAAGUUUGGAACCAAAACCAGUGCACGUCAAGUGGUCCGAACAGGAACAUGGGUGGGGAACCUUCCAACAUAGGAAUCGCCAAUGGAGUGUACCACCUGACGACGAAUGGGCAGAGUCCUUUCGCGAGGGGUUAAAUCAGUCAGAUUUGGCUAGUACUCUUGUUUCUGCAUUGAUCAAUUACACGCGUGUUGGAGUUUGAAAAUAAAGCUUGGAUUACGUUCUAGAAAUCUGGCGACUGCGAAGCCAAGUAGUUGAUAGAAUAGCAUACAUAACAUUUAAUAAUACAAUACAUACAAACGGAAAAAUCUUUCACAAUGUACCCGUUACAAAAUAGUGAAUAAAACACAAGAGAUUUGUAAAA